GUGUGUGGAAAAAACUUACGUGACUACUCAGCCCUUCUUAAUCAUCAGAGAAUCCACACAGGGGAAAGGCCCUAUCAAUGCCGUGAGUGUGGGAAAAGCUUCACUCACAGAUAUUCCCUUUCUGUUCAUCAGAGAAUCCACACAGGGAACAGGCCCUAUGAAUGCCGUGAGUGUGGGAAAACCUUCAAUUGCAGAUCAGACCUUUCUAAACAUCAGAGAAUCCACACAGAGGACAGGCCCUAUGAAUGCCGUGAGUGUGGGAAAAACUUCACUAGCAGCUCAGACCUUUCUAAACAUCAGAGAAUCCACACAGGGGAAAGGCCCUAUGAAUGCCGUGAGUGUGGGAAAAGCUUCACUCAAAGAUCAGGCCUUUCUAGACAUCAGAGGAUCCACACUGGGGACAGGCCCUACGAAUGCCGUGAGUGUGGGAAAACCUUCACUCAAAUAUCAACCCUUUCUGUUCAUCAGAGAAUCCACACAGGGGAGAGGCCCUAUGAAUGCUGUGAGUGUGGGAAAACCUUCAAUCGCAGAUCAGCCCUUUUUACCCAUCAGAGAAUCCACACGGGGGAAAGGCCCUAUGAAUGCCGUGAGUGUAGGAAAAACUUCACUCACAGAUCAGCCCUUUCUGUUCAUCAGAGAAUCCACACAGGGGACAGGCCCUAUGAAUGCCGUGAGUGUGGGAAAACCUUCACUCGCAGAUCAGGCAUUUCUAAACAUCAGAGAAUCCACACCAGGGGAGAGGCCCUAUGAAUGCAGAGAAUGUGGGAAAACCGUCUCUUUGCACUCAGCCCAUAUUAGCUAUCAGAGAAUCUGCAAGGGCAGUGAACACGAUAAAAACCUCUAGGGCUAUCAGUUUUUUUUCUUUAAUACUUUUCCUGAUUCCCACAUAGUAACUUUUUAAAUCUGUUUGAACUGUUUGCAGCAC